GGCGGGCGGGACUCGGUGCCUUUCGCGAGCCAGCGGCCAGGCAGCGCGGUCCAGCCCCGGACGGAGCCCAGAAGCAUGCCGGGGAAAGGGCGGCGCUGGCGGCGGCUGCUGCCUCUGCUCGCCUCUCUGCUCCUGCCGGGCUGGGGGGCCGCCCUGCCCAGGGCGCAGCUCUUCCCCUUCGGGGGCCCCCGCCGGGGCGAGCAGGCGCUGCCCGAAGGGGACGACGAGAGCUCGCUGCCGCUGGCCCUGCCCAGCCCGCUGCCCUUCUACGAGACCCGCUUCAGCCAGCUCUACGUUGGGACCAAUGGGAUCAUUUCCACCCAGGACUUCCCCAGAGAGACCCAGUAUGUGGAUGACGAUUUACCCACGGACUUCCCGGUGAUUGCCCCCUUCCUGUCAGACAUCGACACCAGUGGUGGGAGGGGCAAAAUCUAUUACCGUCUGGACAAUUCCGGAAAGGUGUUGGAUCGAGCCACCCAGCUGAUCCAGGCUGGAUUUCCUAGUGCCACCAAUUUUGCUCCACAUAACACUUUUGUUGCUACCUGGGAAAAUGUUGGGGCCUAUGAAGAGGUCACCCGGAACUCGGAACCCUCCACGCAGCGAAAUACCUUCCAGGCCGUCCUAGCCUACAGCGAUUCAGACGCCUAUGCAAUCUUCCUGUAUCCUGAAGAUGGGAUCCAGUUCUUUGGAACACGUCCUAAAGAAUCGUACAAUGUCCACUUGGAACUCCCGGCGCGCGUUGGCUUCAGCCGAGGGGAUUAUCAGCGGCGGGAAGGACCUUUCUACAGUGUCACGAGCAGCGAGCAGUCCGUCAAAAACCUCUACCAGACCAGUAACUCAGGCAUCCCUGGCGUCUGGGUCUUCCAUAUUGGCAGUACCUCCCAGCUGGAUAACGUGCUCUCUGCCACGACUGGCAAGCGACCUCCCCUUUCUUUGGGAAACCAAGAGAGCACCACUGCUCAUAACAUCCUGGAAACAGAAUACCCGGAUUCAAACAUCUAUUAUGCCGAGGCCUUCUACGACGGCAAUGAAGGUGACUUUGAAUACUUGCCCGUUGCACCCACUGCGCGGGUCCCUAACCUGGAACCACGACCCAGCGCUCCGUUGGACCCCGGUGAUCACUUUGAUUACAGUGAACCAAGGCACUCUGGGGCCAGGCUGGAAGCAGACCCAGAACCCACACUGGAUCCCCCAGCCUCCAGCCCUCUCCUUCCUUAUGCUGAACUGGAUGCCCUCCUGUUCCCUGAAGGGGAGGAAGAGCCGUCCGUUGCAUCUUCUGUAUCAGAAGAAAACGCUAGGACAGUCUACGAGAGCCCGAUCGAAGCGGUCACGGCCAUCCUGCUGAGGCGCCCGAGCCAUGAAGAUGCUCUGCCCCCGCAAGAGAAAGACAGAGGCACCCCUCUCGAAACGGAGAGCCUUCCUGUCUACCCAGAGGGAGAGGUUCUCCUUGAAGGCUUCCCAGACAACUCCCCCCCUUUCAACCACAGGAGGCGGGUCGUAGGUGUCGAUGAGGACAUUAGCUUUAACCCAGAUGGCUUCACGUACAGCACGGCCAGCGUGGGGACCUGCGAGCAGCACUACAGCCAAUGCUCCCGCCACGCCGCCUGCACAGAUUACAGCACUGGCUUCUGCUGCCACUGCAAGGACAAGUUCUAUGGGAACGGCAGACACUGCUUGCCGGAAGGGGCUGCUCAUCGUCUCAACGGCAAAGUGAGUGGGAAUCUCCUGGUGGGGCAAACGCCUGUGCACUUCAGUGGCGUGGAUCUGCACGCUUACAUCGUUGGCAAUGACGGGCGAGCCUACACGGCCAUCAGCCACAUCCCGCAACCAGCCGCCCGGUCGCUGAUGCCUUUGGCUCCCAUUGGGGGUCUCUUUGGCUGGCUUUUUGCUCUGGAGAAGCCCGGGUACGAGAAUGGCUUCAGGAUUGCUGGUGCUAAAUUUACUCACAACUUUGAAGCCGUUUUCUAUCCAGGAGAGGAACGAAUCUUUGUCAAGCAAACUGCUGAUGGGUUGGAUGCAGAAAAUUAUCUCGGCAUUAGGUCUGAAAUUCAGGGACAGGUGCCUUACAUUCCUGAGAAUUUUACUGUCCACAUGGCACCAUACAAAGAGAUCUAUCAUUAUGCCAAUUCAGUUGUGACAUCCACAUCUUACCGGGAGUAUUCCCUCACUCUUGGGAGCAUCAACCAAACCUUCUCCUACCGGCUGCGCCAGAAUAUAACCUACCAAGACUGCCCACAUGGGCGCCACCGCAGUCUGGUCCCUGCCUCUCAGCAACUGACAGUGGACCGAAUAUUUGCUUUGUUCAGUGAGGAAGAGAAGGUCCUUCGUUAUGCCAUCACCAACCAGAUUGGGUCCCUUGGAGAUGAUUCUACCUCGACCACAGUGAACCCAUGUUAUGAUGGCACCCACACAUGCGACACCAUGGCCCGCUGCCAGCCUGGCUCUGGCUUGGAUUAUGCUUGCGAGUGUGCACCUGGUUACCAGGGAGAUGGCAAGGAGUGUGUGGACAUCAACGAAUGUGCUGAGGGCUUCCGCAGAUGCAGCCAGGAGUCAGUGUGUGUGAACACCCCAGGCAGUUACAGGUGUGAGUGCCCCAGCGGAUACCAGCUUGCAGCUGACCGGGCCACUUGCUUAGACGUGGAUGAAUGUGUGGCGGGGAGGUGCCACGAAGCUGCCGCCUGCUUCAACUCCCCCGGCUCCUUCUCUUGCCGCUGUCAGACUGGCUACGAAGGGGACGGUUUCCACUGCUCGCCAGAGAGCGUGCCGCCAAGGACCCGCUGUGAACACGAGCGACUUUAUGCAACCCAGCAGGACCCCUCCCUUCUCGGGGGCGCCCACAUCCCGGACUGCGAUGACCAAGGGAACUACAGGCCACUGCAGUGCCAUGGCAGCACAGGGGAAUGUUGGUGCGUCGAUGGGGAUGGCAAGGAAGUUGCUGGGAGCCGGACGCCACCUGGCGUCUCCCCUCCGCACUGCAGGGCUACAGAGCCAACGCAGAGGCCACAAACCAUGUGUGAACGCUGGCGGGAGAGCCUCCUGGAACACUAUGGUGGCAGCCCCCGAGGUGACCAGUACGUGCCCCAGUGCGAUACCCUGGGCAACUUCAACCCGCUGCAAUGCCAUGGGAACAGCGGCUACUGCUGGUGUGCAGACGAAAGUGGCCGGGAGAUUCAAGGCACAAGAUCAGAGCCUGGCGUCACCCCUCCAUGCCUCCCCAGCGUCGCCCCUCCGACAGUCCAGCCGUCUCCACGCCCAGACGUCAGUCCUCCUUCAACUGGCACAUUCCUGCUGUACGCUCAGGGCCAGCAGGUUGGCUACUUGCCCCUGAAUGGCACAAGCCUCAACAGGCAGGCGGCGAAGACUCUCCUCUCCCUGCAUGGCUCCAUCGUGGUGGGAAUAGACUAUGACUGCAGGGGAAAAAUGAUGUAUUGGACAGAUGUCGCAGGGCGAAGCAUCAGCCGGGCCAGUCUGGAGCCGGGUGCGGAACCAGAGACUGUGAUCAACUCAGGGCUGAUGAGUCCAGAAGGCCUGGCCAUCGACCACCUCCGAAGAACCAUGUUUUGGACAGACAGCGGCCUGGACAAGAUCGAGAGCGCCAGGCUGGAUGGCUCAGAACGUCGGGUUCUCUUCGCCACAGACCUUGUCAACCCUCGCGCGAUUGCGGUGGAUCCCAUCCGGGGCAAUCUCUAUUGGACGGACUGGAAUCGUGAAGCCCCCAAAAUCGAGACCUCCACCGUGACUGGAGAGCACAGGCGGAUCUUGAUCAACCAAGACAUUGGACUGCCCAAUGGCUUAACCUUUGACCCCUUUUCCAAACUGAUCUGUUGGGCAGAUGCAGGAACCAAGAGGCUGGAGUGUGCAUUACCGGAUGGAGGAGGAAGGCGUGUAAUACAGAAUAACCUCAACUAUCCCUUCAGCAUUGUUAGCUACGCCAACCACUUCUACCACACGGACUGGAGAAGGGAUGGCGUUAUAGCCGUGAACAAAGACAGUGGUGCUUUUACGGGUGAAUAUCUUCCUGAGCAACGGACACACCUCUAUGGAAUCACAGCCGUCCACCCAUACUGUCCAGGAGGAAGAAAAUAAGCUACUGGUACUUGGAGGGACGGGGUGGGGAAACUGUUCCACUGUGACAGCUGACAGAAGACUUCUAGGACCUGCUCUUAUUGUACAUAAUGGCAAAGGCCCCUCCAGCUCUCUCAGGACAACCAGUGACAUGUACUGAAGGGAAUUAAGUGGUUUUAACUUAGAGCAAAAUUAUCCCGUAUUAAGUUAUACCUCAAAUUUUUACUACUGUAAUUUUUUUUUUUACAAAAUGAAGACAUUUUUAUGUAUUGCAAAAGAAAAAAAAUGGUGCUAUGGAUGAUGUGGCUAAUAAUAGUAUUUUUGCUAAUGGGAGCAAUUAUGUAAAGAAAAAUAUGACCAUAUAAACAUAUUCUUACUCAA